AUGGCGGAGGUAAGAGGGAAAACAGGGGAGAAGCAAUCGAUCUUAAAUCGAUAUUUUUAAAUAAUGUCUGUUGUAUUUUUCAUUUUUAUGUUAUCGAUUGAAGAAAUAGUGUUGUUUUCCUCGUGUACAGCGUGUUUUGUGUCAUAAUUAUCAGUGUUAUUCCUCUAAAAAAUGCUUGAAUGUCCGGGCUGAUCCUUCACUACAAGGCCGCUGCGCCUUCGCUCUCUCAGCUGCUUCGGUGUAGCGGCUGUGUAAAUUCAGACGUAAAUUUAACGUUAGCCUGCUGGUUUAAAGAAUUAACAGAUUAUAUCUAGUUUGAUGUGAGUAUAAAUUCUGUUUUUCUUAAAUUCAAUGAAAGGCAGUUAAAAUGUGAAGAACGUCAAAGUGUGUCGAUUGCAUUAAAAUAAAUGAGUGUUUACAUUUUUGGCGUUAACAGUAAGCUCUGGGGUUAGCCGACAGGCUAGCUAACUGUUAGAAGAGCCGACACUGCGUAAAUCAUACUGCCCUUUCAACAAAGUCUUGUAUUUUAUGACGAUCGGACACAUUUUUUCAUUUCAUCCUCUCAUUGUUGCCCACUGUGUGUUGUGUUUCUCGCGGCUAACGUUGUGUUAGACAUCUAUUUCAGGUAACAUUAGCGGUUUUAAAGCUCCACUGUUUUCUUUGGGCUCAUCAAUGAUCAUUUCAUCUCUCCGUGCUUUUUUCACUUCCACAGGGUCAAAACGCCAAUGUAGUAUUAGAUACUGUUGAACCGAUAUUUAGCCAGUGCUCACAUUUAAUACAAAUUUCAUCUUUUUGCAGGCUUCCCUAGGGAGUUCAAGUCCAGGUAAGCACACAAGAAAUUUCAUAUUCAUUAAAUCAGCUAUAAUAUUAGUUGAGAAUACAUUAACAGGACAAUGUCAUGCAACCUAGUAUAACAACUUUGUGAAAUUAUUCCUUCAUUUGAUUUUUGGAAUUUUCAGGUUUUGUUGACAAGAUCAGAUAUGGGUUUUUUUUUGUAUUUCAGCGUGGUUGUGUACUGUGUGUUACAUUGAAAGGUGUUUUUUUUUUCAUUUCUUGUCCUUCAUAUUAACAAACAAGAGUGGAUUACAACAGUAAAAAUACAUUUGAAUUUAAUGCACUCCAGAACACCACCAACGCACACUUAAACUUUCACAGACAGUGUAAAGAGCGGUCGUUCACUGGCUUACUGUGUCUUUAAAAACUGGAAAUUCUUAAAAGUAGAAUUUUUUUAGUUGAAUUACAGUUUAUAGGUGUUCAUUAUGUUAUGACUGGUUGUUUUUGUAAAUAUUUUUUACUUUAUUUUUGUUUACAAAAUGAACUUUAACUGUAUGAAAUAAAAGAUAGCCUUUUCACUAAAUAGAAAUAGCCAACCAAAGAUAUUUAUUUCACUUAGUAUGAUAUUCUGAUGCUUUUAAUUGAUUAAAGGUUAAAAGUUUGCAAUAAUAAGCUAUUUGAUAUUUGAACAUAUAUUCAAAAUUGUAAUCAUUUGCUGAAGAGCUAAAACUGUGAAUUUGUAUAAACAGAUAAUUAUAGUUCUUGUAAUCAUCUCUCUUUUUCUCCCUCUCUUUACUCAGUUGGCUCUUUAUCAUCAGAGGACCAUGACUUUGACCCAACAGCUGAAAUGUUAGUUCAUGAGUACGAUGAUGAGCGGACUCUGGAGGAAGAAGAGUCUCAAGAGGGAGGGAGAGAUUUCCGCUCUGAGAUUGCAGAUCUGGAAAAGGUAUAUAAUAAUAAUGAUUCUAAUAGUAAUAAUAAUAAUAAUAAUGGUAAUAAUUAGUAUAAUAAUAAUUAUUAUUAAUAUUAUUGUUAUUAUUAUUAUUAUUAUGUGGUAGAACUCUAUUAUAUACUGCUGAUAAUGAUAACAAUAAUAAGAAUAAUAAAAAUGACUUAAAUUAUGAAUGAAGAGUGUAAUUUCUCAGUUUGAAUGUCAAAUUCAUUUUAAAAAAAUCUUACAUUUGCCUUACUUUAUUUAUCGAUCAAUCCUAUCAGGAGGGGAACAUGCCUUUAGAGGAGCUUUUGGCUAUCUACCGCUAUGAGGCCUCAGCAGGAUCCAGUAUAGACAGUUCCUCUGGAGACCUAACUGAUGAGCUGCCUGACAUGACUUUGGACAAGGUAAAUAACGGCAAUUAUGUCAAAAGAAUCAUGUAGUUAAUGAUUGCCCUAAUCUCUAAUAAUUCAAUAAUUCAGGUAUUCUGUGGACCGUUCAAUUUCUUCCCCAGUUUUAAGUGCUUAUUUUUCUAUUUCUCAGGAGGAAAUAGCUAAAGACCUUCUGUCUGGGGAUUAUGAGGAGGAGACCCAGUCAUCAGCCGAUGAUCUCACCCCUUCAGUCACCUCCCACGAGGCUACAGAUUUCUUCCCAAGAACACUCAGAUGUAAGUAACUGGUUACACAUACUAGAAAGACACUUCUUCAAAUAGCCCUUACUCAUCAAAUCCCGUUAUUAUUAUUAGUUAAUAAUAUUAGUUAUUUGAUAAGAAAAUAAGAGAUUUAAAUCCUCUUCGUCUUUUUAUCUUAUCCUUAUUUUCUUGAUCCACGUAUUUAAUACGUAAUAAUAACAUAACAAUAAUUUUUAUGUUAUGUCAUGAUAUUUUACCCAGAAGAUGCUUUUAAAUGAAACAGCUUUGCUUCUAAAGCAUGCUAGACACAUAGCAUGGCAGAGCAGCACCGUUUUUUUAAUCACUGGUCUCCUUUAUUUGGUCAUAAUCAUGCAUAUAUAGCCAACAGUGGGACGCAUUAUGCGGAUAACAUAGAUAAAGAGAGCUACAAUUAUGCAGAGAAACUGCAUGUUGCUGGAAGCAAUGGAAGAAAACAAAUAUAUUAGAUUAAUUAUUAAUAUAAUCAUAGGUAUUAGAUAUGGUAGAGAAUGGAACUCAACAGUGGUGUAGAUGUUUCAGUGUCCCAUGACUGACUCAGUUUGAUUCAACUAAAAAACAUUUUUAACAAGACAUACAAAAAGAAAAGCAGCAAAAAGGUCAGAUUUAAGAAGCUGGUGUUUGAGUAUUUCCUUUAUAAAAAUUGAUUAGUCGUGAAAGGGUGCAGUUUUUGGUGAUCUAUUGAUAUACAGACUAUUUCUUUAAGCAUUAUCACACAUUCUGUCACUGUUUAAAAUGGCUAGCAAGCUUUUUAAAUGACGAAGGUGAAUUUCAUUGUGUUGGCGGAGCUCUAGGUACCUACUAUUAGAGGCACAAAACUGAUGAGGUCACAUAAAAUAUGAAGACUUCUGUACCGGCACCUCUCAAGGUUUUUAAUCAGUAUUUCUGUAUUCAUCUAUUUUUUUUUCAGCUAACGCUAUAUCUGACGGUGAUAAGGAGUCAGAGUGUGAUGAUGAUGGUCCAAGCCCAGAGGACUCCAGGAAGGUAAAAAUGCUGCACUUCAAAUGAGAACAUGUGUUUGAAAUUGAAAAUGAAAGAUUUCUAUGACAUUUACGUAGUUUGCAGUAGUUUUCUGAGUGUAGUCUGAUCUGCUGCUGUAAUUGUAGGAAAUAAUGGUGGGAUCACAGUACCAAGCAGAGGUUCCUUCCUGCCUCUGUCACUACAAAGAUGGGGAGAAAGGUAACUGUUGCUUCAUUUUUGUUUUUCUUGCAUGUAUAUCAGGUGUGAUAUAUUGGGAUUGCAUCCAUCAUUUUCUUCCCACAAUUAACAUGAACAAGUAGACCUAUCUCAUUGUAAUUCACUUUGUUCUGCUGCAGCUUAUGAAGACGAAGACGAGUUAUUAUGGAGCCCAGGUACACUGCCAGAAAACAAGGUUAGGAGUUUCCUGUCUGAUGUGUUGUCACGGACAACAGAUGAAAAGACAGCAGGGAUGCAUGUCCGGGACAAUGAGCAGGUCAGUCAGGUCUUUGUUCUUCCAGUUUAUGUCAUUACAUAGAAUUAAGUUGGAUAUUCAAAACCUAUUUGAGCUUAAACAGGCUCAUGUAUUUUCCAUCCAGGGUCCUAAGUGAAAAUUGUUGUCAUUUUAAAAGUUUCUGAUAUCUUCAUAUCCAGAAUUCAUGUUUGACUGUCUUUUCAGGCUUUGCAUGAGCUUGUCAAGUGCAACUACAACACCCGUGAAGCACUUGAGAGAUACUGCAGCCGUAUGAAGUCCUCAAAAGGUGAGCAAAAGAAAAGGCGUCUUCUAAGAAAAUGUAAUUUCUGCUUUUUAAAGGAAUCUAUCUCUUGGAGGCCAUCAGCCCUGAUCAUCAUUAAACAAAUUGAAAAGUCGCAGACAGAUGCACCCGAAUUGCUCAAUCUGUAAAUCUUAAUUCCCAGCUUUCACAGUUCACACUUAACAGUUAAAAAUUCUCUAGAUCACCUGGUGUUGUAAUUGGUGGUAUAACAGAUUGUCUAAAACUGAUUAUUUAUGAAGCACUUAUUCAGUUGGAGGGCUUAAGAAAACUACAAAACAAAGAAUCAAAAAAACAUUUUGAUCCAAUUUUCUGCUAAUCAGUAUUUUUAUCACAGUAUUUGUUUUGUUUAUCAUCAUUGUGUGCACUUGUUUGAGUUAAUAGCUUGAUUUGUAUUUGUGUGUUGUAUCUACACCACAGGAUACACUGUAGGUUUGUGUAGCCUUGAACCCGUAGCCUGAUGUGCACGUCCUAAAAAUCUCACACUGUGUUGAAACAAUGCUCACCUCACGCCCUGUGAUUGGUCCGCUGGGCAGCACCAUAUUCCUUGCAUUUAAAUCCUGGGUUCUGAACUGUGUUGCAGCAUUAACAUAAUGUGGUUCCAUUUCAGAAAAAUCACCACCGUGGUCAGAAGAAGAAUGCAAGAACUUUGAACAUGCACUACAGAUGUACGACAAGAACUUUCACCUCAUACAGAAACACAAAGUAAGUCUUAGCAAUUUCUCCUUUUUACAUAAACAUGAAAUCACAGCUACACAAAGCUGUCAGUGUUUUUUUUUUUCUUUCUCUUUUAACCGCUCCUUCAUCCUCUUCAGGUCACAACGAGAACAGUAGCAGAAUGUGUGGCGUUUUACUACAUGUGGAAAAAGUCAGAGCGCUUUGACUUCUUUGUCCAGCAGAAUCGGUUUGGGAAGAAAAAGUACAGCAGCUAUCCCGGUGUAACGUAAGUAGGAGAACAGUUGUAGGCAUUCUCUCAGUGUCGUAGUUAACCUCUGUUAAUUUGGAAGAAAUGUAUUUUAAAACACUUGCCCUUGUAAACAGAGACCUGAUGGACCGACUGGUGGAUGAAGCAGAGGGACUGGCCGUGGACAGUUCCUCCUCUGUGUGUUCAGGAGCAGGUGGAGGAGGGAGACUGGAGACCACCACAGACCAACAGCUCAGCUUGCUUAACUCUAUCACUGCCAGCGACCUCACAGGUCAGUUAGGAGACUAAGAUCUUCUCUUGUGGGGAUAAAAGUUCUCAUAGUGAAACCUAAGAACACUACUUUGUUACGGCCAUUAUUUCCCUCCUCUGUGAAUGUUUCCUAACCAGAGGAUGUUCUUGUUUCCAGUGAUAAAGUAUUAAUUUUUUGCCCUGUCUCCUUUCAGCCCUGAGUAACACUGUGGCCACAGUGUGCAGCCCCGCAGAGGUGAGUUGCCUAGAUUCCUACAGCUUCCCUCCCCUGGAAAGUCUCCAUCGCGGAUCCCUGAACCACGACGAAUCCCUUGGGUUCCCUUCUAACGGCGCAGACCCAGACUGCCUCAACAUGCUUGACGCCGGCUUCUACCACUCUGACCUGGGCCAGCUAGGAGGAGUGUGUGUCAACAAGGACUGCGAGCGGCCCUCCAAGAGACUCAAGAUGGCCCUGCCUGACUCCUUUAUCAAUGACGUGUCAGUGGGUAACCUCGGGGUGGACUUUGAAGCCAGACGGACAGCCACACAUCACCACCGAAUCACCGGCGCCAAAAUGGCGGUGUCCGUCACAGACUUUGGGAGCUUGGCUGGCAGCGGGGAGCCCAACGGGUUUCUGGGAGCACAUGCACGGCACCACACACAGCACACUGCAGCACUUCAGUCAGAGUGA